AUGCAGUCAAUGGACAUAGAUUCCGAAAUUGAUGAAGUCUAUUCUACGGUCGAUCAAUCACAGCGGCAAUCAAGUGGAAAAAGACGACGGAGGAGACCAAGAUGGAUCACAACAUUUGCUGGAGCCCUUGUGGCAGUUCCUCUUUGGGUUGUCAUAAGGCCAUUGAAGAACUGGGGGAGUCCUGUGUACAUUGAAGAAGAAGAACUUACCUUGGAGUCCGAGGGGUCGCCGUCUUCACACGGUAUUGUCCUACCUCAAAUAUUGAUGGACGAAGGAAUCUAUGAUCCUGCCGAUUUCACGAAUGCCAUAGAUGUCGCUCCACCCUAUUGGAAUGCUACGACUCCGCUAUUCAAACAUUCAAAGGCUUGGGGUCCUUGUUUCAAACCAGAGGAAACGAUGUACUGGGAGUUUCAUUCCGACGAUGAAGCAAUCGCUAAUACUACACUGAAUGUUCCACUGGAUUACAGACGAGAUGAGGAGUCAAAGACUCGUAAUUGGCAAAAUGCGGCUGGGCUUUGCAGGCCUGGCUUCUUGAUUCUUGGCGCUGGAAAAUGUGGAACUUCAAGUCUCUAUCACUAUCUCGUAGACCAUCCAAAGGUCCUGCCCGCAAUUGAGAAACAGAUUCAUUAUUUUCGGUACCAUACAGACAAACCAGUCGGCUGGUAUUAUUCCUGGUUUCCAACCACAAAGACCUUCUUGGAGAAUGGUGCACUCAUGACGGGAGAAGCAAGUCCCGGAUACUUGCCAUAUCCACAAGUGGUCCGAGAAAUUGCCAUGACAGGAAUCGAACCAAAAUUGAUUACUCUUGGAAGGAAACCAAUCGAUCGAAUAUGGUCAAGUUACAAGUAUAACUAUGUCACUCCAGCACUGGAUAAAAUCCGAAGUGGACACGGGGCUAUUCCGUUGAACAAGUCGGAUGAUUUUUACAAGGAACAUUUCCUCUUUAGUCUCGAGGAGCUUGUUCGGGCCGAAUUGGAUCAGCUCAAUCGGUGUUUGUAUGGUUUUGGCAUCAGCAAAACCAGAGAUAUGUGGUAUCACAGACAUUGGACAAGAAAAGAAUUUGAUUAUCGAGAGAAGAAUGGGCUGCCGCCGUUGAUUGAUCUCGACGAAGUCUGUUAUGGAACCAAACCUGUCAACAAGACGGUUACUCGGAUCCAGUGGGCCUCUCUGCAAAUGCAAAACCCACAAAAGUAUAUCCCACCGAAACAAGCAUUUCUCAUCCAAGCACUUGUUGGGCGUUCUCUCUAUGUCUUACCGCUGGAAUGGUGGUACAUACUCAUUCACAGAGAAGACAUGCUGUUUGUCUGCACUGAAGAAAUCAACAAUGCAACUGCGCUGCUCCAUCUCUCCCGUCAACUGGGACUGCCCGAUUAUGAUUUUGAACCAGUAAUCGCACAAGGAGCUUACAAUGUAGGUGGACAUCGAGGGUAUGACACGGCUACUUCUUGGAAUGAGGUCCGCAACGAAACUGACAAUUACUCAGGCGAUGAUGGUGAUGAGAUUCCUCUUUCAGUCGAGUUGCGCCAAGAGCUUGAUGAAUUUUUGAAGCCGUUCAAUGAACGACUGUUCAAUCUAGUUGGAAAGAGAUGUGACUGGUGA